AUGACAUCAACAAGAGGUGGCACAGGACAGGAGCUGCGAGCCUCAUGCACUGAGUUUGUUCGCAGGAUGGUAAGACUUCCUCUCAGCAUAAUAGAAGGGAUAUCAAGAGCAAUUGGCCAUGGAGCUCCAAGAAGAGCCCCUCAGAAUCCACAAUCCCAGCAACAGCCAGAACUUAUGAUCAUCCCAGAGGAAUGGCUUUUUAUAACACUCUUCGAGCGACAAUAUGGCAGCACCCACCCUUUCUUCUAUGCAUGUCAGUUCCUUGAAGCUCUAAAGAUUGCAAAGGAUGAGUCGAAGUUUGUUUUCUUGUACCUCCACGAUCCGGACCAUCCCUACACAGCUCCCUUUUGCCGCAACACGCUUUGUUCACAGCUGGUGGUAGAGUUUCUGGACACAAACUUUGUAUCAUGGGGCGCAGUUGCAAACAGAGGAGAAGGAUCAGAGAUGGUUGCCGCAUUGAAAGCAGCAAGUUUCCCAUUCUGUGCUGUUGUAGCUCCGAUCUCUGGUGAAAGCAUUGCAGUUCUACAGCAGGUGGAAGGACCAGUUUCUCCUGAAGAACUGGUGAAUAUUUUGCAAAAGACAAUUGAGGAACAAGGUUCAGCUUUCAGGGCCUUGAGAACAGAAGAAGAGGAGAAGAUAAGAGCAAAUCGCCAACUGCGUGCGGAACAAGAUGCAGCUUACCUUGAAUCACUUAAGAAGGACAAGGUAAAGGAAGGAGCCCAGCAAAGGCUUGUAGAAGAGGCAGCUCGCGCAGCAGCAGAAAGGUGGGAGAAAGCUAAUAAUGAGAGGCUCCAGAGAAAACCUCCCCAAAAACAAUUAAGCAGUAAAACAAAAGAUGCAAGCAAGGAAACACAAACCGUUACUUCCAGGAAAACAAAAUCCACCACCAAGAUACUGAUAAGAUUUCCAAAUGGGCAAAGAAUAGAGCAGAGUUUCCUUUGCACAGAUACUAUCAGAUCAAUAUUCAGACACAUUGACUCCCUGGAUGUACCUGGUAUAGGAAGCUAUCGGCUGAUAUCCAACUUCCCAAGAAAAGUUUAUGGCUAUGAACAGUUGGAAAUGACUCUCAAAGAUGCAGGUCUCCAUCCAAGCGCUACUCUGUUCCUGGAGCUGCUUCAAUGAUAAUAUGGUUCUGAUUAUGUAGUCGUUUACAGAUUAUUACUAUUAAUAUAGGAGGUGUAUUGUCACCAAAACAUGUACAUUUAUAUAAGAUAUAUACAUCCUUACCUUCCAGUGA